UCUCGUUUAAGCAUUCAUUCGCCAAGCAUCGCAAUGAUAUCAUCUUCAAAUUCGCAAAUUGACAUCGUCAAAGACACCACUCCUUCACUUUCAAGUCCUACGGUUGACUCAAACGAUAGUCAACUGUUUAUUGCGAAUCGACCACGUUGGCGAUUGCGCUCACCUUGGACUUUUAAAAUCGCUAAAAAUUGUCUGAAAAUACGGACUCUCUUUUGGGUUUACUACCGGUACACAGUAACGGCAAGUUCGGAUGGCAGUAAGUUGCCAGGUCUUGGUAAAGACAAAGGUGAGACGGCUGCCAUUCGAGUUAAAGCCCGCUAUCAGUCAGUGGAUAUUCUCCCGUUGUAUAUGUAUGACGAUUUAGUGCGAUUUUUAAGACUUCAUUAUUUAUCACUUUGUUUGGCAUUGGAGCCAUUAUUGGGGGUGAAAGCAAAAGAGGAUUGUGCUACUGCAAUGGUUCGCAUAAUGCAUAAACAACGAUUGGCCAAGGAGUUUCUCUGUGAUCUCAUUAUGUCCGAAGUGGAUGUUUUGGAUAACGAGCACUUGAUGUUUCGUGGUAAUUCAUUAGCGACUAAAGCGAUGGAAGCUUAUAUGAAGCUCGUAGCUGAUGAAUAUCUGAAGGUCAGUUUAUCGACAUCAUCCGGGUUGAUAUCCUGUAAAUUGUAA